AUGAACAUAGCAAAGGUCAGAGAUUGCCAAUCAUCACAGCAUCGCGUAAUCGGUCCACCGACCGCUGGUCUGCAAGCGCUUCACCUUAGCGCGAAUACUCGUCGCGUUGCGAUGUAUCUGCAGGACCGAGUUCGCGAUACGGUGACGCACCUCGCUGAGACUGGGACAGCUACCGCUCGAGAAGUAAUCACUGAAGAGCUGGAAAUAGGCAAAGAGGAGGGUCGGUUUGCACAUCAAAUUGCGGAUAUGGAUGAAACAGCCUUCCCAAAGACGCGAAUAAGCAUGAGAAUUAAGUAA